GCUGAUACCCAGUCAACAGAUGGACAAACCUUAGAUUCUAUCCAUGAAGAAAUGCCAGGGACAGUGACAUCAGAAUCAUUUUCACAGAGGAGGGAAAGUGUAAAACGCAGGGAGAUUGAAGUCUCAUCCAUAUCAGUUAAAGGUUCCUUCUCUGUGCCUAGUAUGUGUGUUGAGCUGCGUGGAGAUGUAGGUGAGAAGGAAAAACCACUUGUCAAUUUACUUCUUGAAGAGAUAAAAGCCUCCUAUGAGUCUUGUGAAGCAUACAAGACACGAACGCAGGUUACCCUUCGCUCACUGAUGAUGGAGGACCUGCAGCAGCUGGACACAAAUUCACAGCACAGGUUCCUCAUGAAGUCGGACACGCUACCACUGCAGUCGCCAGAUGGCCCGGCUCCUUACGGGAUGCAUCUGCAUCCAGGCCACCAUCCCCACAUGCAUUUCCUGAAGGAGCACCAUGUUCCUGAAUUCAUAUCAACCUCCUGUCCUGAGCACUACCCUCACCAGCCAGUCUGCUUCACCUCAUCCUCAUUACCUGACAAGCUGAAGAUGGAAAAGCCAUUUUUCAAGGCAGCUCAAAAACCUGUACCAAGGAGGCAUUUGGAAAGUGUGUCAUCACAGAGCCCAAGAACAAGCAUCAAGCCCGGGGGCAAGGCAACCAUGAGCCCCAGUACCCCCCCACCUUCACCCACCCCAGGUGAGGGGGAGGAGGAGACCCUUAGGCCGGACACCACACUUGUCACCAUCACCAUCUCUACUAUUGACAAAAAGUGCCCUGAGUUCCACAGCAAAUAUGAUGGUAUUUCAACAGUCACUGAACACUGUCCAUCCAACAUCCCUUCUUGGGUUAUGGUGUUAGAUUUCUUCAGCAGUUACUGA